GGAAGACAGCUCCGUCUCCUUGGAGUAAAAUCCCGUUCUCGGCUGUGUGGUCCAUGUGGUCUCCAGGACUUAGGCCCCUCUGAUUCACCCCGAGAAUCUCUUUACCCCUUUGCCCCAUGGAAAAAUCUGAAAGGAAGAUGUCAGAUGGCUCUCCCCCUCCUCAGAAUAAACUCCUCUCUCCUCGCUUUUCAGAUUAGGGCUCUAAGACGUGAACUGGGGCUUCCCUGUCCCACUCCAGGCCCCGCCGGACUCGCAGCUGGUUCCUACAGGAUCGGCCUCUCCUGCUGCAGGAAGCUGGGCUCCUGGCCGGCAGCGCGAGCUUUAUUUUUACCUGGUGACCCAGCAGUGACAGCUGAGGCCAUGUGAGUGUGGGAUCCUGAAUGAGGCUUUAUCUCUGACUGUCCGGCCCAUCAUCCACUGUGGCACCAGCUCCCUCCGACAGCCUGGAUGGAGACAGCCAGAGCUAGAGAGGUGAUGGUAACCAUAGCCCGGACUGAGAGGAGGAGACUGGGCCUCUAGCUGCCAAGCCAACCAGGGGAUGGAGACACCGGGCCACGAUAAACAUCCUCGGAGCCCUAACAUUGAUCUUCUAACCUGACCUUGCCUGACCAAGCCAUGUCCCAAGAAGCCUCGGUGGACAGGGGGCUGCCCCCAGAGGUCCUGGCAGAGCAGGUGGAGCUAUGGUGGUCCCAGCAGCCCCGGCGCUCCUUGCUCUGUUUCUCCGUGGCCGUGGGCCUUGUGGCUGGCUGCGGGGCAGGCGGUGUGGCACUGCUGUCCUCUACCAGCAGCCGCUCUGGCGAAUGGCGACUAGCUGUGGGCACCGUGCUCUGCCUGCUGGCCCUGCUGGUUCUGGUAAAGCAGCUGAUGAGCUCGGCAGUGCAGGAUAUGAACUGUAUACGCCAGGCCCAGCACGUGGCCCUGCUGCGCAGCGGCGGAGGGGCCGACGCCGCCGUGGUAUUGGUCAGUGGCUUUGUGCUGCUGGUCACCGGCCUGACCCUGGCUGGGCUGGCUGCUGCCCCGGCUCCAGCUCGGCCGCUGGCUGCCAUGCUGUCUGUGGGCAUCACCCUGGCUUCCUUAGGCUCAGUCUUGUUGCUGGGUUUGCUGCUGUAUCAGGUGGGUGUGAGUGGACACUGCCCCCCGAUCUGUGCGGCUGCACCCUCCACCCAAAAUGGCCACCGUGGUAACAGCAGCAGCAUCUUUAGCAUCUCGGGACAGUUGUCCUCUGGCCAGCGUCACGAGACCACCUCCAGCAUUGCCAGCCUCAUCUGACGGAGAUGGAGCCCUUCUUCCCAUGACCCGACUCAGUGUCCCCAGAACCUGGGACGUGCACAGGUGCGUGCAUGUAUGUGUGCCCCCCCUGCCGUGGGAUUGCAUAGCAUGUGAUUAGGAGCUCAUGUGUACCCACACAUCCACACCAUGAGAAGGUGAGUGAUGGAUGCCUCCUUGGGACUGAAUGCUUGUGUCUGAGGACUGUCAUGCUCUCUGCCUCGUUCUGGGGUCUCUGGGCACAUCUGGAAUUCCUGAAGAUUUGACCUGUAUUUCUAAGACCCUACAACUCCAGCCUUGCCCUAUGACAUCAUGCAGGGUCUGCACACAAGUGACCAUUGCAUACCCAUGAAUAGACCAGUGAUUGUUCUUCAGAGAGAGUGACUUUUGGCAAAGCAGAGGGAAAUGGCUCCCUGAUGAGAUGGACCUGGACCGGAAAUGCCUUUGAGCUUAUAACCUAGCAGCUGGGGCCUGGGUGAGGUGACUUACCCUCUCUUGCCUCAGUUCUUAGAAGAGUGUUGCCAUUGAUUUGUUAGGAUUAAAUGCUAUCCUCAAUGAGAUGACUGGAGUCCUGGCAAAUGUGCAAUAAAAAGGUGACUACAGUUGUCUUCA